AUGCGUUCGCGGUUGUUUUUCCACGAGCUACUUCCAUCCUCUUGCUUCAAUGCUUGUUUCCACACAGCUGUUAGAUUGCGACUAAUUGUUGUAAUGCAAAAUGCAGCACUUGAAGGGUGUCCUAAUUAUCCUCUGACAUUCUCUCGCACGCCACUAGCUCUGCUGCUCACAUCUGAGGACGAAUCUGACCUUGAGAACGAGCAUUUAACGUAUGGUUGUUUACUUGAAGUAGCUCUAGCAAUUGCGCAUAACGGCUCCACUGAAAACUGUGACAAGAAAAUUGCAAGCUUUCCUCCGUUCUGCGCUUCGACAGCGCACGAGACCUACCAGAAUGUGAUGUCGUGGCGAGAGACUCUCAAAUUCCCCCCAGAAACACCCAUAUCCAAGGAGGCCCACGACUUGAUUACCUUACUGUGCACCGACGCUGAAUCCCGUUUGGGCUCGAAUGGGGGACUGGAGCAGUUCCGGAAGCACCCCUUCUUCGAUAACGUCGAUUGGGAAAACAUCCGGGAGCGACCCGCUGCCAUCCCCGUCCAGAUCCGCUCCAUCGAUGAUACUACCAACUUCGAUGAAUUUCCCGAUGAAGACCUCACGUGGCCGAACGUCACGGAUCCGAAAAAGUCAUACAAAAAGGAUCUGGCUUUUAUCAACUACACCUACAAAGCUUUUGACGGCUGUUCAAGUUGCGAUCGUCGACUGGCGCGUCCAUCAAAUCACCACCAUCAGCAGCGGCACGUGCGUCCCUGUCCGGCAGCAGGAACUGCCGCUCCAUCUCAGUGUAGCGACAGCAGCAUUUUUCACCGUAUGGGCUACCGCGCGCACCGCCAUUCCUGGAUCCCGUCUCCCCUGUUGGCUGUGUUUCUACUCCUCCUCCUUCUGCUUAUUUCCAAAUCCCACUUCGUCUACCUCCGUGUCUGUGUUACUUCGACCACCACCACCAACGCUGUAUUGACCGUAGGAGAAGCGAAUAUUAUCGUUACCGCGCCUUACUUUCGCCCCCCGAUCCCCUCACCCACUGAUUUGCGAUCUCCCUCUACUCCCAAACCGCCUCAUGAAAGAGAAGGGGAGUAA